AUGGCUAGCAGUGGUCUACCCACUCCCCGGCGGAGCAGGACGAUGCCAACAGAGGGCCACAUAAGCAAGUUCCUGUAUAGCAUAUUGAAGCAGCUCGACCUCAAGUCGAUCGACUGGAGCCUUGUGGCAACCGAACUGGAGAUUUCAAACGGCCAUGCAGCUCGCAUGCGAUACUCCCGGUUCAAGCAGCAGAUGGAGGGCACCGUCUACGUGCCCAAGACUACAAAACUGAAAAAUACUGCUACUGCCAAGGGAGACACAGCAAAGGGCAAUUCCGGCAAAAGCGUAAAGCUCGGUAAGGGUGGUUGUGGUACCCUUGACAAGGAGAAGAAGUUUGGCGGCAACACUACUAUCUCCUCCGGAAAAGGGGGGAUGGAAGCGCCUCCUGCUUAUUCCCAGAAGCGGAAGGCUUCUCAAGAGGUGUUAAAGCAUGAGACGGCUGGUUCCAACAAGAGGGGACUCACAGAGUCUCCCUUGCUUUCUACGUCUUCGCUCCCACGCGCCUUGUCGACACCAUACGCUCUUCCUCUCCGCUCUCCUACCCAGUUGUCUAUGAACGGAGACGACAUGGUGAUGAGCCAGCAACCUCACCACUACCAUCACCCGUAUGGCCAUGCGAACCCUGAGUACACCACCGAUUCUUUUGCGCGUCCACAGCAAAGCUGGCAUCACCCCGAGCAUUGCUUUUCCGGAUGCUGUCAGCCUCCUCCGUACCCACCUACGCCGAGCAUGUACCCUAGCUACCCAGCUGCUAGUACUGUCUCUACGCCAUCGAUCAGUGCGCUGUUCCCGUCGCAACAGAAUAUUCAUCCACAGCUAUUGCAGCAAUCGCAGGAUAUCUGGGUGCCGGUCAAGCAGGAGGACGGAGAGGAGGGCGAGUCCGAUGAGUUGUUUAUCAAGGUUGAAACAGCGGAGGGAAUCUGA